AUGGCGCACGCGGCCAAGCGUGCGGCAGUGGCCGAGCCGGACCGCCCGCCGGAGGCCAAGCGCGCCAGGGAGCUCCCGGUCCGCCAGGACGUGCUCGACCAGCUGCCGCAUCCGCCAGCGGCGGCGGGCGAGCUGCCGUCCUGGUUCGACCGCCUGGCGCGGGCCCUGCGGGAGAUUCCUUUCGGACAGUCCCCUGGCGCGCGCGAGUGGGGCAUGAAGCGCCGCGCCUACGCGCUGCUCGAGCCCGCGCUCGCUGCCUUCAUCGAGGAAGCGGAAGCGGGGGGCGAGGGGCGGCCGCCGCCGGGGCAGGAGCUGGUCUGGGCCGCCGCGCGCGCCGUGAGCCAGCUGGUCCGGAGCGGCUACGCCGCCACGGCCCGCGACCGCCGCGCGCUCGUGGUGUCCGGCGCCUGGCGCCCCGCCGCCAUGGCCUGCAGCGGGGGGCCGGAGCCAGGCGAGGCGAGGCCCGCGUCGGAGCUCGCCGGGGCGGUGAACGUGUAUCGUGUGCACCUCGCGGAGCACGCGAGCUUCUACGAGGACUUCACGGGGUUCCACGCCGAGUUCUGGAGCCCCGAGAGGUUCCUGCCGGUGCUGGAGGCGCUCCCCCGGGUCGUGGCCGACCGCGGGGACGUGCUGGAGGCCGACGAGUGGGAGGCCUUUUGCCCGGAGCUCGCGGCGGCGCUGAAGACGCUGGACCGCUUCUUGGGCUUCUGGGUGGGGCUUAGCGGGGCCGAGCCCUUCGACUUCGACGUCUCCAGGGCCAUGCCGCUGCUCCGCACGUGCACGGAGGUCUUCGGGAGGCACGACCAGUGGCACGGCCAGGAGGUCAGCGCCAAGGUCCGGGGCGACUUCCUGGAGCAGGAGGUCCGCAUGGCUGGCGUGACCUGCAGCCUGAUCCUGGGCGUGUUCUACAGGGACCACAUAUCCAGGCGGACGAGGGCGGAGGCCGUGGCCCACGCCAAGCUCCUCCUGCGCUUCAUGGUGCAGGUGCUGAUGCUCCGCGUGCCCACGUUCGGGCCCCGGGCCGAGGCCCGCGCCGGGCCCGGCAGCGGCGCGCUGCCCCUGGACGAGCGCCAGCUGGACACGGACUGGGUCGAGGGCCUCUGGGAGCACUGCCAGUCGGACGCCGACGCGGGGGACCUGGUGGAGCCGGCCGUGCUCUCGGCUCUGUUCCAGUCCAUGGUGGACAUGCCCGUGGAGGAGCAGAAGUACCGGCUCGAGUGCGUUGCGCCGCUGGUGCCGCCGUUCAUCAGCCUGUACGCGGACCUGCUCAAAGAGAAGGAGAUCCCUCCAGAGCUUGCCGAUCUCAAGGUGGUCAUGAACGCGGUGCUUCAGGACGACGCUUUUGUGAAUUCCGACUUCAUGGAGGAGAUCUCCUUCUACCCCUGCCUCCUCGAGUUUGCGACCAAGCGCGCCGCCAUCCACGCCGUGUGCGAGCGCGUGAAGCUGCAUAUGCACGGGGACCCCAUCCGGCUUGUGGUGCCGCGUGACAACGUGCUGGACGGCGUGUGCUCGUCGCUGAACCUGCAGGACCAGUCUGCGCGAAUCGACGUGCCGGUCGAGAUCGAGUUCAGGACUGGGCUCGUGGACAGCGCAGGCCAGGAGCUCAUGGACGAAGGCGAGGAUCAGGGUGGCCUCCGGCGGCAGUGGCUGGACAGGGGCUCCCGGCACUUCCUCUCAUCGGACCUCUUCCGCAGCCCGUCCUCCUCGAGAGAACCGCCGACGCGGACGCUGGGGGCACUGCAGAUCGCCAGCUCAGGGGCUCGGUCUUCGUGCCCUCGCCGGAGUCCGUGUGCAGGCGCGUGCAGGACGACUGGGAGGAACAGUUCGAGCUCUUCGGCUGCAUCCUCGGCUUCGCGCUCCUGCAUAAGGACACAGUCCCCGUGCACUUCGGCCACAACUUCCUGA